AUGAAAAUUUUAAUUUUAGAACAUUUACCAACAAUAGUAAAACCUCAAGUUCGUCGUUUAUCAACACCAAACAGUACUGAUGAAGAAAAAAGUGAAUUAGACGAUGAAACUAUUAGUGAUUUUAUACGUCUAAAACCUCCAUCAGCACCCACAAAAGCUAUUCAACGACAUGAACAACAUUUAUCUCAAACAUCAAUUAAUAAACGCUCACUUACUCCUAUUUCACCACCAUUUCAAUCAAAAUUUAAUUCACUAGAAACUAAUGGAAGUACAACAAAAUCAAAUCUAUUUAAACAUCCUGAACCACUACCAUUAGUAAAACCACCAAUAAAGCGUGAACUUGAUGAUAAAUGGACAAAUAUAAUUGAUAUAGAUAAAAAAGAAGAAUCAACUAAAGAAGAUCUUCUAUCAAAAUUAUUAUCUGAUGAAGAACAAGAAAAUAAAUCCAUAGCAACUACACAAUUGUCACCACCAUCUUCUCAACCAGCAUCGUUAGUUAUGUUUGAACCUACUUCAAUAUCAACAAAUGGCUUUCAGAAAAAACCACCUACACGUAUAACAACAACGAAUGUGUAUGAUUUUGAUCAAGCUGUUAUUAAUUUACAUGAUGGCGUACCUGUCACUGCUCAAUCAAGAACAACAACAACAAAUAAAACAUCUAUUAAUCCAUUUGAAUCUUUAUUUAAUAACAAUAAUACUAAAUCAACAAAUCGUAUAGCUGGUCGUGAUGAUACUUUUACUACAACAACUGAUAAAUCUGAUUCACUUGAUUUACCUUUUGGUCAAUCAACAUCUGCAACUAAUAUUUCAACAGCAAUAAAACCAAAUUCAAAACAAUAUCCAUCACAAAAUGAUAAAUUACAAAGACCAAAAGUAGUAACAAAUGCAUCAAAAUCAAUACCUAAUAGGACAGUUGUCGAAGAAAUUGAAGAAUUUGUUUUGUGA